AUUUGGCCGAGUUUAGAAUGACUGAAACGUUUGCAACAUCUCUUGGAAGACUUACCAUUGUACAUAUCUUAAGAGCGCAAGCAGAAGAAGAACUAAAGAUUCGGCAAAAAGUGAAAAAAACAGAAGACGCCACGGGAGAAAACUCGAAAGCUGAACCAGUGACAGUUUUAGUUCAAAGUUCAGUUCUUGAUAUUCUCGAAGAAGCAACAGCUGCCUUUAUAUUUGAGAUUGGAAAGUGUGCGCAACACUAUUCUUUGUUCUCGGGUUAUUCGCAAAGUUCUGUCUUAGACGUUAUGGAUGCCUUGCGGGAAUUUUCCGUGUUGUUUUAUGUGACACCGCGUGAUCUUUUGUUGUACAUGAGUCUUGAAGAAAUACUUAUACCGCAAAUGCCAAGCUUUUUUGCAAAAAGGAAUAGGAAAACCACAAUAUCCAGCUCGAAAUCAACCUUGCGGGACAGGGCUGAGGAGACUGUGACUGAGAAUAGGCACCUUUGUUGCCUCGAAAGCUGGAUGCCUCCCAUACCGCAUCCUUCAACUCUUGUCUUAAAACAAGGAAAAGUUGUCGAGGAAGGUGGACGAGGAGCGAUGAAAAGCAAAGGUACUGGUCAGUUAUAUGCUGGAAUACAUUAUGGACUUUUAGCACUGGCAAAGGGAGCUUCUUUACAGGAGAAUCCUUUCUUAAGACUUCCACACAAAGCCAAAGACCACGAAUGAACAUGGACGUUUUUGAAUUUGAUUUUG